AUGUCAAGCAGCGAAGAGAAUAUAGAGAUGGAGGAUUCAAAUGUGGAUUCAUUUGGGAAGGUCAAACAAAGGUUCAAAGAUCGAUCCCAGAAAGUGGCUCAAACCAAGGAAAUUUUGUCGAAACAAGCAGUUCAGACCAAACAGAUCUUGUCCAAACAAGCAGUUAAAAUCGCCAAACAGGCUGAAGAACAUGAAAUAUUCAUCAAUAAGGUGACAUAUUUUUUGGGUGUUCUUGGUUUUGGGGCAUUCUGCUUUAUUCUGGGUGCAAGGCCGCAUGAUAUACGGUAUGUGUAUUGUGUGAUCUAUGUAAUUUUUGUUCCUCUCCGGUGGAUUUAUUAUCGAUACAAAAAAUGGCACUACUACCUUUUGGAUUUUUGCUACUACGCCAACACAAUUUUCAUCAUCAUGCUUCUGUUUUAUCCAAGAAAUGAGAAGCUUUUCAUGGUUUGCUUCUCAUUUGCAGAGGGGCCAUUGGCGUGGGCACUAAUUGUUUGGAGAUGUAGCUUAGUUUUUAAUUCUAUGGACAAAAUCGUAAGCGUCUUCAUACAUCUUUUGCCCGGAUUAGUUUAUUUCACAAUCAGAUGGUGGGACCCUGUGUUUUUAGAAGCCAUGCAUCCCGAAGGAACUGCGCAGAGAGCUUCAUGGCCUUAUGUAGAGGGCAAAUCUUAUCUCUGGACGUGGCUGUUUUUUGUUCCUUUAUUUGCUUACAGCAUUUGGCAGGUUCUUUAUUUUCUCAUUGUAAAUGUUCUACGUCGACAAAGACUACUAAGAGAUCCCGAAGUCAUGACUUCUUACAGGGAAUUGUCAAAGAAAGCACAGAAAGCAAAUAACUUAUGGUGGCGUUUAAGCGGUUUGCUUGGGGAUCAAAAUCGCUUGUUUAUGUAUAUUUUGCUUCAAGCUAUAUUCACGGUGGCAACUAUGGCACUUACAGUCCCCAUAUUCUUGUCUUACAAUUUGCAUGUAGUUUUCCAAAUACUCAAAGUUUCUGCAUCCAUAUGGAAUGGAGGAAACUUCCUACUCGAAGUGAUGCCACGGCAAGUCAUUCUCAAAGAGAAGAAGAAAACAGAGAUGCACCCUAUCGAGAAUCUGCAAGAUAAAUCAUCACUCGAAAACUCGAUGAAAGCAAAUAAUUCUUCUGCAAUGCUCGAAUCUUAG